AUCUUGUGCGCCUGCGUCAUUGUGUGAGCGAGUGCUGAAUGACCCCGGAAAAAGACGGGGAGUGGUUUAAGGUCAGGGAUUGCGGAGACUGCAUGGCGGAGAACGUCGGCGGGAAAGAGAGAAAGAGUCAGAAGGCGCAGCACAAUGCAAAAAAAGUGGAGGAGGUUGGGAGCCCCGGGGACGGCGAAGGCGCGCCCGUCGAGCAUGGCCAGGUCCUCUUCCCGCCGUCCUUCAGCGUCUCUGAAAUCAAGAACAAGCAGCGGCGUCAUUUCAUGUUUCUGCGUUGGAAGCAGCAGCAGAGGAAGGAGAAAUUAGCCCUCAAGAAAAAGCGAAAAAAGGAGCGAGAAGCCCUUGGAGACAAGGCACCACCAAAACCAGUACCAAAGACAAUUGAAAACCAGCGUGUGUAUGAUGAAACCACAGUCGAUCCCAGUGAUGAAGAGGUUGCAUUGGAUGAAGCCACAGAUGAAUUUGCACCCUACUUCAACAGACAAACAGUUCCAAAGAUUCUUAUUACAACUUCUGACAGGCCCCGAGGGAGAACAGUGAGAUUCUGUGAACAGUUAUCAAAGUGCAUCCCAAAUUCACAUGUUUACUAUCGAAGAGGACUAGCUCUUAAAAGAAUUAUUCCACAAUGUAUGUCAAGGGACUUCACAGACCUGAUUGUCAUCAAUGAAGAUCGAAAAACACCAAAUGGGCUUGUGUUAAGUCAUUUGCCUGAUGGUCCAACUGCUCAUUUUAAGAUGAGUAGUGUUCGUCUACGUAAAGAAAUAAAGCGAAAAGGAAAAACUCCCACAGAACACCAGCCUGAAGUAAUUCUGAAUAACUUUACAACUCGAUUAGGACAUUCUGUUGGUCGUAUGUUUGCUUCUCUCUUCCCUCAUGAUCCUCAGUUUGUUGGUAGACAGGUGGCAACAUUUCACAAUCAGAGGGACUAUAUCUUUUUUAGAUUUCAUAGAUACAUCUUUAAAAAUGAGAAAAAAGUAGCAAUUCAAGAACUUGGCCCACGUUUUACCCUGAAAUUGAGGUCUCUUCAAAAAGGAACAUUUGAUUCCAAGUUUGGAGAAUAUGAAUGGAUUCAUAAGCGCCGUGAAAUGGACACAAGUCGAAGAAAAUUCCACCUGUAAAAAAGCAUCUACAGCAGCACAUGAGAAACAUGGAGCAGUUCAUUGUCUCCUGAAUUGCUGAUAGAGAGCAUGGUCAGUCUGCUCUUAUGGUGCAAUAGAACAUCUGCAGAAAAUGGCUCCAUAUUGAUCAACAAUUAAACUGCUCUACAGCCCUACACAUGCUAUUGUUUAUAGAUGGCAGAUCUUACUGUAUGUUUCAGUGGUAACCAACUGCAUUAUCUGCUAGGAAUUUGUCCUUCUUUGCUUAGGAAUUCUUCACAGAGAUGGCACAGCAGUUCAUAAUCCUUUAAAACAAUUUUCUAUUGUGCUUUCUCUCUGAAAUGGACAGUCUUCACAACUAUAGUUGUGUUCCUAUGAGUUGUGACUGAGUUGCUUAUCAAAAAAAGGUGAAAUAAUAAACCUCUUGAGUUUUUUCUCUCCCAGACAA